CGCAAAACGUUUCUUACUCCCCCAUCAGGCGGAUGGGUAGCGCAGCACGUCUUCGAAUCAAACGUUUUCGGUUGUCGGUGUUUUGAUCGGAGCUAAGAACGGUUUUCGUUGUUCGAAAUUUUCUCGUCGUUGUCGUCGUCGGUUCUGGACUGCGGGUGGAAAUUUCCGGCGAAGGCUCGAGGGACUCACGGUUCCAGGCGACCGUCUGUUGGCGUAGUAUACAUUCAGCAGCUGAUCGGCGAUACCCGACCAACAGAUCGUAAGAUCGCUUGAACCACAAUCGGCGAAUCCGAGUCACCGAGAGCCCGUGUGUCGUUUCGAAAAUUGUGUGAGUUGCAAAUCGGCGGAAAAUUGGAUAAUAAUUGCAAUCCAGUGCAGAACACAAUAAAAUUGUGUUCGUGAAAGUGAUACCCCCCGUGGAUCGAGCGUACAAUCUCACAAUUAAACAAAAUCGACUAUUAGUGCGUUUAAAGUGAAAUUCAUUCGCCAACCGAAGGUGAACGUAAUCGAAUGAUAAGCCGAACAGUUAACACAAGUGCUACCGAAGCCCAAUGCUUCUCGAAUGGUGGUGAUAUUGAUCGUGCUUCCAUGUGCACCGCCUCCGCCAUCCACUGUCGCGCCAUCACCGUACUCAGCGCCCGCGUUUCAGAAUGCCGACCGGACGGCCACUAGCCGUCUUCACCAUCAAUCCACCCAAAGAAAGCCCGAGUUUGAACCCACCCGCACGCAUCGGAUCAUCAGUGCCGCGACCGCCGCUGCGGUACGAUCACCCUACCGGCGAUCGGAUGACAGUGCGGUGUCCUAUGCCCGGUUAAGGUACACCCCGUGGACGCCGUCUUCGACGGUGUCGCCAUCGCAGCGCAUCGAUGGCAACAAUAACAACACAUCCACCACCUACCAGCGGUGGAAACGAUCACUGCCCGAACGCCAAAGUCACAAACGCAAACAAUGGAAACGACCGGUAGUAGGAGGAACUAACAUUAGCAAUAGUAACGACAACAACAGCAGCAGCAAUCGACAUCGGUUGCCGAACAAUAGCAAUAGUUUUCAUCCCAAUAACCUUCGGUACACGUCGAGAGUAAUCAUUUCCGAUGAUUUUCCCCAGGUGGACAUCAAGUCGGACGAUAACGAGGUGGAGCCAAUCAGUCGGGAAGAGGAGAUCAUCAAGAAGCGGAAAACGGAACUGAUCACCACCCGGCAGAUCGAAACGCGCGUCCAGCGGCAGCUCAAGUUCGAGGAUGGCAAAGUUAUCGAAGAUUCCGGCCCGAUCGUGUCCACCAACACCACCGAGGAUACCGACCGGCAGGAAACGGUUCAAACAGAGCAUCGCACUCUGGGCGACCCAACGGAGGAAGAAGUUACCAAAAAUGCGGCCGUCGAUUCCGACGGGAAGCCGGUUCCCAUCGGUGGCGGCGGUGCUGCCGGCGAUGGCGCUGGCGGUCUGCAAAACCUAGUCAGUGAUGCAAGUGGCGGGGCUGGGUUGACGACGACGGCAACCGGCGGCGAUAGCAACAAACCAAAGACAAUCGGUGCCAUCGUGGCCCGACCCGAUGGGCUGCUGAAGAACAUCAAGGAAGAGGUGGAGGUCUCCCGGGAGGAAACCAAGGAGCGCACGGUGCACGAAGAGCGGAAGCACUUUGGCGAUUUCACCGAUGAU